CUGAAGUACUCUUCCUGGGCGGAAGAUUGGAAAUCAAAUGGACCCCAAUUCGCCUUUUCGAAUCGCCGUACUGAUCAUAGUGACCACAGGUUUUGCUGUUUCGGAUAAUGAAAGGCCUCCAAUUUUCAAAAGCAUACCUACAAUAUUCAAAACACGAGAGCACGAUGUCGUAUUGAUGCCAUGCUAUGUAGAAAAUUUAGGUAAUAGUGAGAUCAAAUGGUUGAAAGAUGAUGAGCUGAUCGCCGAAAAUGGUCAAUCUUACAGGGACAAUGUGGUGCUUCGUAAAGACAACUCCUUGGAAGUGAGCAAUGUCAGCUCUCGGGACUCUGGCCAAUACACUUGCCAGGUUGUAAGGCCAGAUCCAUGGGGCCCAAUAAGCCAGCAUCAUGGAAUACAAGUGCAAUUUCCACCGUCAGUGAAGCUUGUGCCAAAUAGAAGGGAAUUGGAAGUGGAACUCCACCAUGAAGUAAUUGUCAGGUGCGAGGUCGAUGGUGUACCUAAACCAUUCGUGAGAUGGCUAUUUCAGGGAGAAGAAACGUCGUACGAUAACAACUUGCAUUUUUUUGCCUCUGAUGAUAGCUUCAGCGGAGAAUAUGUUUGCAUUGCUACGAAUGGCGUUGGCAACAGUGCCACAGGACAUAUAGACAUCAAAGUUGUCUAUCCUCCUGCUGUGAAAGCUGAAAAAAUUUUGUUGCAUUCUGCACCGAGAGUGCAGUCUGUGUUGACAUGUGAAAUCACCGGCAGUCCUCAGCCUGAGGUUAUUUGGUAUUUUGCCGGCCGUCCUAUUCCAGAUGAUGGAUUCUUCCUUCAAAUUAAACAGGGAACAAAGUACAAUUUGGUCAUCAAAUCCACCAAAGAGUCGCACUUUGGGCAUUAUAAAUGUGUUGCAUCAAACAAACUUGGAACAGUAUCUCAAACUUUGGAACUCUCAGGGUUGCCAAACACACCAUUUUUUAAGAAAACCCAUCAAGAUGUUUACCCAGAUAAAGCAGUUUUGACAUGGGAAGUUGACAGCUAUUCACCAAUUGUACAGCAUAAACUAUUUUUUAGAAAAUAUAAUAUCAGUAGCAAAGCGGAUAACUGGACUGAAGUAUUUGUGCCGGCGGAAUUCACAGGAGGGCCUAUUCACACACAGAUGUACAAUCUUAACGGCCUCGAACGAUCUUCAGUGUAUGAAGCUGCUGUAAUUGCCAAGAAUAAAUUUGGUUGGAGCAGUUAUUCAAAUAUUUAUCUGUUUGCCACCGAAGGAUUUGAUAUGAGUGUGUUAUCAACUACAGAACCUGAGGAAAAUGUAAAUACAGUUAAUGAUUUGUACUCAGAUUAUGUAACAAAAAGUGAUGAAAACAACCAUGGAAGUACAAGAUCACUUCUCGUGUUUGUGUGGUAUUUAUUAAUUUUAAUUUUCUUAGUGUAGACGCAAUAUUGAAUGAAAAAAAUAUUUAAAUAAUUAUAUAUAAUGUGUAUAUUGUGAUUACAGUUCAUUUUUCUAAAGCGUUUCUUUCUAACUUAUAUGAUUUGAAAGUACAGUUGAAUGGCAGUUUUUUUAUUUUCAAUUCUUAGACUUUUUUUAUAAUUU